AGAAAGGGAGAGAGACAGAGAGAGAGGCAGAGGGAGGGGAAUUGAUAUAGUGGGAGAGUGAGGGAGAGAGAGAGGUGGUUACGUGGAGCAGCACCCCACUUCAUCAGGCAGCAUACGGCAGCCCUGCAGUGCGAUCACACAGUGUGGGAAUGGGGCUAUGAGAUCGAGAGCGAGAGAAAGAAAGCAGAGAGAGACGAGAGCGAGGAGGGGGGGAGUUAAAAAGAAGAGCUUGAGGGAUUUGCUUGGAUGAGAAGGGGGAAUGAUCACUGAGUCUGUUGCCUGUCGUGGAUGUUUGCAAGGACGUGGCAGCAGUGGCUGAGGUUGAGGCAGAUCUGUGAUCUCCUGUGCAGAAGUAGCCGGCGUCAGGACGUUAUGCCCUGUGAGCAGUGAGGGGUAGCGUGUGUGAGCCAGGAGCAGCUGCUGUGACUGCAUCUGCGCUGCCUGCAUGUCUCAGACAGGCAGGGGAUGCAGCAAACCUCUGCCCUGAGCACAGAGGCUGCUAGCUGUACCCAGCAAGGAGAAGAACCAGGUGGGCUGGGGCGGGAGUGGGGGGGCGCCUGCCUCAGGAAGGAGCUAGCUUAACCUGCACUGUGGUCCUGCAGUGAUCCUCGCUUCAGAGUCAAAAGGCUCACCUGCCGUCUGUAGGAUAUGAACCUGGAUUUACUGCUUUGAGAGAUGAGAAGCACGUUCUCUGGCGGAGCCGCACAGCCAGCAGCCUGCUGAAGAGUGUGAAUGCUGGGCAGCACAGGGAGCACUGGCACCACCAAGGACACUGAGCCUUUUUGCACUGGCAGACAGCUUACCUGGAGCUUUAUCAAGGAAUCUUUACUUGGAUUUGAUUAUGAAUUGAGGAGUUUUGGAAUCAGCACACUGUGGAAAUCCUAAGCCAACAUUUAUUUUUUUGAUGUAGGAUUUACAAUAUAUCUACCUGACCAUACUCCUUGUGGCUCUGGAGUAAAGACGAAAAAGAAUUAUUUAAGCAAAUGUGUAUUCCUUGAUCAAAAAUAACAUGAGUACCUCAACAGUACUUUAGAAUGCUGCUACCUUCAUUGUAUGAGCCGUGUCCUAGCUCUCAAAGAGGUUGACCAAUGAAGCCAUGGGACUCAGCCAGAGCUUUACAAAUGGGGCCUGUGGUAAAGCCCUGGACCAGCCGGUUGGAGAGUGGCUGGAGCACGUGGGGCUGCCGCAGUACGAGAGCAAGUUUCUGCUCAAUGGCUUCGAUGACCUACGAUUCAUGGGAAGUAACGUGAUGGAGGACCAGGAUCUCAGAGACAUUGGGAUCACUGACCCAGGACACAGAAAGAAAAUCCUCCAUGCGGCACGCAGCUUGCCCAAGGUUAAGGCACUGGGCUGUGAUGGCAGCACAUCUCUUGCCUCCUGGCUGGAUGGCCUCGGCCUGCAUGAAUAUCUGCCCAACUUUCUUUCAAGUGGCUACCGCACACUGGAGUGUGUUAAGAACCUGUGGGAACUGGAGAUUGUCAAUGUUAUUAAGAUUGGUGCCCUGGGCCACAGGAAGAGGAUCAUUGCCUCUCUAGCAGAGAGACCCUACGAGGAGGCGCCGACUAAGUCCCGUCGUCUGUCCCCAAUUAUGUUUCAUGACCUCCUGUCCCAGACCACAUCUCCACUCAGUCAAAUGGACCCCUACACCAGUCGCUCCAUGGACAUGCUCCUGCCCUUGACAGAGUCAGACCGGAGGCGGAGAGGAGUUGAACAAGACUGUAGUGUUUCUCUGCGUUCAUAUAGUGAGAGGCCGCGCUCUGUAGAGAGACAGAGUGAACGACACAAAGACUCUCGUUUAAACCUCCGGCCGCCGAGCCACUCUGCUACCUACGCCACGGUGUCCGCCUGGCAUCACCAGCCUGAGAAACUCAUCCUGGACUCCUGCGGGUACGAGGCAACUUACCUAGGAUCAAUGAUAAUCAGGGAUCUACGAGGGAUUGAGUCCACACAAGAUGCCUGUGCUAAAAUUAGGAAAUCAAAGGAUUCCAGAAAGGGCCCAGUUGUCAUACUGUCCAUUACCUACAGAGGGGUCAAGUUCAUUGAUGCAGCCACGAAGACUAUAGUUGCAGAGCACGAGAUCAGGAACAUCUCGUGCGCUGCUCAGGACCCAGAUGACCUCUGCACUUUUGCUUAUAUUACCAAGGACCUGAAGAGUGGCCACCACUUCUGUCAUGUCUUCAGCACUGUGGAAGUGACACAGACCUACGAGAUCAUCUUAACACUGGGACAGGCAUUUGAGGUGGCCUAUCAGAUGGCAAUGCAGUCGAGGGCGAGACACUAUGUCCCACCUUCAUCUAUGGCCUCAGAGGUCGUAGAGACCAAAACCAGCCGUCCUGUGUCUCAGUCAUGGAGCAGCAUGCGGAGAUCAGCAGGUGCCCCUCUGCUCGAAUGCCGCUGCUGUCACUGUCACACGUGUACUACCCACCGUCCUUCCUUCCUCCCGUUGCACUCUGUUAGCCCUGGAGUCCAGAUCGACCCCCUGGAGAUGGACGCAGACAUGCAGUCCCUGGGCAGCACCACCUGGCUCUUGGACCAGCGGGAAUCCAACAGGCGCCCCGUCAGCACCAACUUGUCCUGUCUUACCAGGCAUCUACCACUGUGAGGCACUAUGAGGAGGCUGCUUUGCUAGCAUGGGAUGCAAGACGGACAAUUAAUCAAAACAGCAACAUGCAGCAAACAACCUGUUUUGUUUUUUUUUUUCUACGCAUUUGUACAAUACUCAUAUAACACGAUGGAUCGGUCAUAAAUCUAUCACUGAUGUCUGAACUCAAACGGACCAAGAACUGAACCUCGCACACACACACACACACACACACACACACACACCCACACACACACACACAGGAGGACAAUUUUCCUACACCUUACCGAGGACGACAGCCUUACUUCAUUUCGGUUACCUAUAAUCAACUAAAGCCCCCCCACCUUCCUCCGACCUUCCUGAAUACUACCGCCACCCACCCAACAACUGCACGAUCCCCCCUGCUUCUAAAAAGACUAAAAAAAGACAACACUUCUGAUUUCCUGGUGUGUUUAAAUUGACUGUGACUAGGCUGGGAUGACGACGCUCUUAUGAUGGUACAGUUUUGUCCAGAUGAGUCUCUGCUCUGGCCUCGUACUGCCCUGUUCUGCAGUCUCUCAGCAUUCAUGGUAGCAACGAGAGGCUGCAAAUCACAGCAUCUUCUUCUUGUCAAUUUAAAAAACAACAACACUGUGUUAAAACAUGGCACUAUCCCUUUUAAUACCUUCUUUUCUUUUCUUACGGUGCAAAUAGGACAAUUAGUGCAUUUGUGAUACUUUUUGAUAGACAGGGGUUGACUGAUCACGAGGGAUCCCGACAUUGUUACAACCAGAGGCAAAAAAACAAAGAGAAAUACCACCCAAACAAUUACACAAGCAUAUCGAGUGUACUGACAUCGGUUUCACGUUUCACAAUUUUGUUAAUGUAAACAAAAACAUCCUCAACGCGAUUUAAUUCAUCUCGAGUAUAUUAAAGAGCCUCGAGCACUAUUUUGGCGCACAUUUCCCAACAUAGCAUCUUAUUAUCAUGAUUACAUGGGUAGGUAUCCGUGCUGUUUCACACCGAUUUAGAAUUAGGUACAGUACAUGCAAAGUAUGUCACUUGCAAAUAAACAGCAGUGAAAAGAUUUAAUUCCACUACAUUAAAAGAGCCAAAUCUAAGUGUUGCUCUGGUGUCGUGUUAAUGCGAAUGGAUUUGUUAUGCUAAGAACAUGACACAGUUUUAAAAAAAAUAAAUAAUAAUAAUUUCCCUCCUGCACUGUGACUCAAAAAUGCUCGUUGUGGAGUCGACACGUAUCUGUGGGUUCUCCCCUGUGUGCACUAACGACUGUGCGUGCUGUAUGCCUUGUUUCUGUCUGUCCUCAUGGGAGUUUGGACUGUUUCGUUACAUCACUGUCCACUGUCCUUGUUUCUGUGUGCUGCAGGAGAAGUGAGGUAUUGAGCUCCUCUCCAGAAGACAGUGUGGCUGCAGACUGACUGUUGAGAUGUAGCUGGUCUGUGUGCGGUACCGUGGCUGUGUCAUUGCCACUCUGUUCUGACUGUUAACUGUUAGCUUCCACUGAUGAUGCAUGUUGGCAGUGUUUUUUUGUGUUUUGUACCCUUUGAUGCACUUGGCCUGAGCAGUCUUUGUAUGUACUGUAGCAGUGUCUCGUCUCUUCUCACUCAUCUGCCAUUUGCUUUUUAUGUUCCCUCUUCGUUACACACCAAUACAGCGAUUCAUCUUCAUCCCUCCACGUUUCCAUUGUCGUCAUUUCCUCCAACAUUUUGUCACGUAUGUUCUUCCAUUUUGUGUGUCACCAAGACAACCUGCUCUAGUAUGAAUGCAUAAUGUAAAAGCAUUACACUUUAAUGAGCAGCAGCUAUUUAAAGCAAGUUUUGGUGGCAUGUUAUGGCUGUGCAUGUACCGGUCUUUUUAACAUUGGUGUUUUCCUUGUGUAGCUCACCCCAGCGUUCAAGUUUCCGGAUACCAAGCUGUGAGUUGAAGGGGAGCAGCCGAUCUGAGUGUGUUUGCGUGUGUUGAGUUUAGAGGGCAGAGCAGUGGAAAAGAGAUAGAGAGAGAGAAAAUGAGAGGUAAGCCUUACGCAACAUGCAGGGCCAAACCAGCGCUACUCUGACAUUUAGAUCUCACUCUGUAUAUCCCCCUGCUCCUCCACUGCCCCUGAAAUGAAUCCCAACACACAGAUGAAAGGUAACCCACAUCACUGGCCAAACAGGACCGGUGUAUCACUCCUGUCUUGAGAGGUCAGUCAGUAAAGGUCAAGUCUUAUUUCCUGGCCUCCAUGUGACUUUCUGAUCUUGUCAUGUAGGUACUGUAAUGUUUAGAGCACUGUAGACCAUUAAUGAUAUAGACCAUUAAUGAGCAUUUCUAUUGAUUCAGGUCUAUUGGAGAUAGUAACUGGGAAUUAUUAAGGGUUAACAGAAAUGUAACAAAAUGUAGAGAGAGAAAAAAAGAAAAACUGUACCAGCAUACAAUGCUUUGCCCAUGUUUGUGGACAGAGUAUGGUUUGUCAAAGAAAAUGUGAUACUGUUUCAAAUUUCAAAGCAAUAUUAUAUUAAUGAAAUUAAAUAAUACAAUUAUAAAAGAA